UCGCGUUGAUAGUAAAUUGUAAACAUCGAUGCAUCGUUUGCAUCCCUAGCUGUUAAUGAAGUUCACCAGUGGAAAUGCAGCAACACACCGGAAAUAGUUUGAUAAGUGAGCAUAUUUCUAAAUUCUUUGUGAAUUUUAACAAAUAUGCAAUUGAAGAAAGUCGGAAGUAUUUAUUUUCCAAUUGGUGCUUGAAUUUCAAAGAACUGUAUGGACUUUUCGGAGCCGAUUUAGAGCAUAGUGGUGCAGGGCGCAAUUAUGAAGCUUAUCUAAGCUGUUUUUAUAAAUUAUUACCCAUUUUCGAGGGCAUCCACCAUUGCUAUGACAGCGCAAAAAUAAUUUUAAAUGAUUUGCAAUUGGAAUGGCUUGGAAGCAACUGUAGAUUUUUGGUGGAUUUGCUGCAAUCGGAUGAUGUGGCUGAAACGUUGACUGUUGAAAGGAUUCUGCUUUUGACCUCACUAUUAGAAAAUGCAUUAGCAAAUUUGUUUGUUACUAAUAAUCACAAAUGUCCACCGCCGCAUUUGUUGCGUGAUUUGCUAAGUACCGAAGAACUGCGGAAUAUAUUCGGAACAGAAGUAAUCUCCCUUUUAAAAGUUCUAAUGGGAACUCCCGAUUCCAUAAACCUACGGAACAUUGUAUGGCAUGGUUUCCCAAGGCCUCAAGAUAUACCAGAAUAUUACACCUCAAUUCUGGUACUUUUGAUACACAGUUUGGGAUACGAGCUUAAAAUGAAAAAAAUAUGUUUAACAGAACGACCAAAAGUCGUAGAAUUCAGCAAGUUGUGUAGAAAAGUAUCAAAUCAGCUGCCAUUGUAUAUCAAUUGGUUUGAUGAAUCUACCUACGUUCAGCAAAUAGAAAAUCAUGCAUGGCUUAAUAAGGACUUCAAAAAGUUUUGGUAUCGACUGUCACAAUAUUACAACACAAAAAUGUAUUGGAAAUUGGCUAUAUUGAUUACACCACAAAUUGAAUUGCUGCUGCGCUUGCUAUAUGCACAAGUAAAUGAUUUUGAUGUCACUGCCAAAUUGAAUGAAUACUACAUUACAAUGGAUUCUAUAUUUGAAUGUGAUUUACCAAACGUACAGACGGGCAUUAAAAAUAAUCUGCUAAAUGGUUGCGAAGUAAGUGAGGAACUGUUGAAUUGUAUUUAUGAUUUGUUUAUUGCGCCACAUGGACCACGUCUGCGCGACAAAAUCAGCCAUGGUGAAGUUAAUAUUUCCGCUAUAGAUAAUAGAGAACUGUGCGACAUUUUGUUGUACAUGUCUCUGGGCCUAAUAAAUUUCAACUCACCGUUUCAAAAAUAUGAAAGUGUAUUCCACCUAAACAGUUUAGCCAAGGAAGCUUUGUGUGAUGCAUUAGGCCAACUGGUGCAACUGAUAAAAACACAUUUGGCAGGAAAGGGAGAAGACAUUUUGAAAGACAUAAGCGAAUCAAAUCCGCCCAUUAGAGCCAAAAUAUUUAAUCGACCCAGAAAGGAACCUGAAUUCAUGCUGCUGUUGCUGAGAAAUUCAAAAUUAAUUCAGACCACUUGUAUAAAUUACGAACAUUCUAUUGAAAUCAGAUUAGAGCUUUUGGCACAACGAGAAUUGCAUUCAAAAAGGCGGCGCACUUUGCAACAAAUGAUAACAUCACUGCCCAUGAUUUGUAAUGUUUUAUGCGAAAUUUUAAACUGCCUUUUACGCGCAUACACACAACUGCAAACUGACGAUAAAAUUUUUAAUAGCGUGGACGCUUUAAAAAAGUUGCUCAGGUUUUUAAAACAUUCUUUAAAGUUGAAUGAAAAUUUCGUUAAAUAUUCCGACAAAAGCAGCAACGAAUGGAUUAAGGCGCUUCAAUUGUGUGAACAGUUUAGUAACAUGAAAGAAGAAUAUUAUCCAAAGCAACACUUUUGACGGGGCCUUCUUUUAAGGCGUUUCUUCGUUUAUUUGUACAACCGCACCGUCGGAAGAGAAAUACUAGGUGACCAAAGACUACAAGCACUUUCAAGCGCAUCCACGACGAAAUUUUCGCUAAAGGACUGGGCCUGAUCGACUUUGCCGGAGCCAGAAAAAUAGUAGUCUGUAGCACUCAUUCCAUCAUAAGAAUAUUCAUCUGAUAGACGGAAGGCACGCCUACAGUGUUUUGGAUGUACGUAAGCUCCGAGGGUGGAACAUUGACUCGGUCCACCAUCUUGUUGCAGCCAAGAUGCGUCAGUAGAAUCACAAUUCUCGCUCAGUAUGAACUGCCGCCGAAGAAGCUCACGGAUUUAAACAAGCCCGAAAUAACAACUGUUACGAUGAGGAACGUUGCACAGCUGCAGAGAAAAAUUAUGUCGCCUCCAACGCAACUCGAGCUACGUAGGUUCGCUAUAGAGAGUUGAAGAGGGAAGCCAGACGUAUUUUUUGUAGUAUAAAGAGAAACGCCGAAAAUGUGAAACCGGAAGUCUAGAAAUGCUGGCCGACGAGAAUAUUAUUUUGCUACAAAUAUAAAAAAAUCGGGAAAUAUUCCGUAUAAUCAAUUGUUCUUCCUUCAAAACCUUCAAUAAAUGAUUGCGUUUUAUGAUA